AUGGCUCAAACGAGGGUUUUCUUCUUAAUUCUCUUCAUCUCACUCUCAUCUUGCAAGGUUUCUCUUGCUGACACGAGUAGCCUACACAAAAAAAACUUAUCAACCCAACUUAAUCCAUUUUCUCCAAGAGCAUCUUUGAUCCGUUAUUGGAACAAACAUGUCUCCAACAGCCUACCUGAACCACUGUUUCUCCUCUCCAAGUCUUCACCACUCAGUGCCAUCGACUCAGCGAUCCUCACCAAACUUGCAACUCAAAACUCACUUUCCUUAAAGCUUGACUCCUUCUGUUCUUUAGCCAACUUAUUUUGUUCCUUUGACUCAAAACAAAGUUUAGGCAAUCAUGACCAAGAUUCCAACUUUGCACUUUACUCCAAUAAACGCUUUGCAAACUAUGGUGGAUCAAGAGUCAGUCGGUCCGACUCUUUUAAGAACUACUCCAACGGGUUGAACUCGGUUGCUGACUCUUUCAUAAGAUAUAGCCGUGACUCUACUGGCCAUAGCGAGACAUUCGCAAACUAUGGUAACGAUGGAAAUUUAGCCAAUGCAACAUUUGGCAACUAUGGCUCUGCUGCCACUGGUGGUUCUGGUACGUUUAUGAACUAUGACAACAGAGUCAAUGUGCCUGAUCUUCGAUUCACUACUUAUACCUCAGAUGGUAAUGACCAUAAGCUCUCUUUUUCAAGCUACAGUGAUGAAACAAAUGUAGGUGCUCAAGUAUUCACUGGCUACGGCAAGAAAGGCAAUGGGGUUCCAUCUGAGUUUGUAAAGUAUAGUGGAGAUUCAAACGUUAUUGAGUCCACAUUUACAGGUUACGGUGAGUUAGGUAAUGCAGCAAAUGACUCUUUCACAGGUUAUGGCAACUCAGGCAACAACCCACAUAACAACUUCAAGAGCUACGGCACUGGUGCAAACUCUGGUAUCGAUAGCUUCUCAAGCUACAGGAACGGAGCCAAUGUUGGUCAGGAUUCAUUUCAAUCCUAUGCCAAGGAUUCAAAUUCAGGGAAAGUGAGUUUCACAAAUUAUGGAAAAACAUUUAACCCUGGAAAUGAUUCAUUCAAAGAUUAUGGCAAAGGCUCGAAGGGCAUGACCACCAUUGGAUUUAAAAGUUACAGUCUUGAUCGAUCAUUCAAGGUUUAUAAUGAUAAGGGUGUCACAUUUGCUGGUUACAGCAACACAACUAGUUUUCCAAGUGAUAAUGGCGUUUUUGUAACUAAGAGAUGGGUGGAACCAGGCAAGUUUUUUAGGGAAUCCAUGCUGAAGCAAGGAAAUGUUAUGGCGAUGCCCGACAUCAGGGACAAAAUGCCUAAAAGGUCAUUUUUACCCCGGUCAAUCAUUUCAAAAUUACCAUUCUCAACCACGAGUUUGGUCGAGCUGAAGUACCUUUUCCAUGCGUCAGAUAACUCAGCCAUGGAGCACGUGCUUCUCAACGCGCUGUCUGAGUGCGAGAGGGCACCUAGCCGUGGUGAGACCAAGCGAUGUGUUGGCUCAGUAGAAGACAUGAUCGACUUUGCAGUUUCGGUGUUGGGCCGGAAUGUGGUGGUAAGGACCACCGAAAAUGUUAACGGGUCAAAGAAAAAUGUGAUGAUUGGAUCGGUCAAAGGUAUCAACGGGGGAGAAGUGACCAAAUCAGUGUCUUGUCACCAAAGCCUGUACCCGUACUUACUUUAUUAUUGUCACUCGGUACCCUCCGUUAGGGUUUAUGAGGCAGACAUUGUCGAUGCUGAGAGCAAAGAAAGGGUCAACGUUGGUGUAGCCAUUUGUCAUAUUGACACAUCAGCUUGGAGUCCAGAACAUGGAGCAUUUGUUGCCCUUGGGUCAAGCCCAGGGAAAAUUGAAGUUUGCCACUGGAUCUUUGAGAACGACAUGACUUGGACCAUUGCUGACAGAGAAUAG